GGAACGACCAAGAACCUGAAGCCGAGACUGCGUCCGCUAUUUCAAGUCGAUCAGCAUGAUGAGUACCGUCGCUCCUCGUGAAGUCCUGGAAGCAGCUGCCCUAUCUAAGGACCAAGAUGACGAUGCGGCUACCGUAGACAUUGAUCUCAAAGACGACGUUCCUCGACACAACAACAGCCACGCCAACUCGAGCGAUACCAACAACAACAACAGCAGCAGUGGAGGUGGAUUUGGAGGGUUCACACGCAGCACAUUCAGCUUCUCCAAGGUUCUCCAGCCCACCACGAGUGUGACUGCGUACUGGACCAAGCUCAAGGACGCCGUGCAGGACUCCCAGAUCCCCGUGCGCACAGCGGCGGCGGCGCUCUUGCUGCUUGUCGUUGGCAUCGUGCUGCUCAUCCUCGGGUUUGUGUCGGCCGUGGAAGGCAAUGGGGUGUCACACUUGUUCCUAGGUGUCAUAGCGUUCAUUCCCGGCAGCUAUGCCACGUUCCAGCUCUACGGCGCAUACCAGGGCUGGCGCGGCUACGCCUUUCACAACCUUCCGUCAUACGAAAAUGCUUAACAACGUCUAAUCCGUUUAUGAAUUGCCAUACCGGUAUCAUGAAGACGACUACAACAACGUUAGGAUUGGCCUUCGAAUGCGAUACCGUGGCUUCACAACGACUACGUAGUUAUUCCGUUUCUAAUUGGACGACACUGUGACAUCGACUAUUAUUGUCAAGUCGAUUCGAAAUUGGAGUGUUCGUCAAUCGAAUGAAAUCGGCAGACAGUCGAUAUA